AUGUCAUCAUAUGCUAAGUUUUUGAAAGAAAUUUUGUCAAAUAAAAUAAAACUUGACGAUAAUGAGACAUUUGCUUUAACUAAGGAAUAUAGUGCCAUAAUUCAAAAUAAAUUGCCUCCCAAACUUAAGGACCCUGGAAGUUUUUCUAUUCCUUGUGUUAUUGGUGAUAUGAGUUUUGAACAUGUUUUGUGUGGUCUUGGGGCUAGUGCAAGCCUCAUGCCUUUGUCAGUUUGUAAUAAGCUUGAUGUGGGUGAGUUAAAGCCCACAAAAAUUUCCUUACAGCUAGUUGAUCGAUCUAUCAUGUAUCUGGUGGCAAUAUUAGAGGAUGUUCAUAUCAAAGUAGGACAAUUUUUUAUACCGGUUGAUUUUUUGGUGUUGGAAAUAGAAGAUGACUCCCAAGUCCCAAUUCUUCUUGGGAGAUCUUUUCUAGCCACAGCAGGAGCUAUUAUUGAUGUGAAGCUUGUCUUCAAUGUGGGUGAUGAAAAUAUUGAAUUUAAUUUGUCUAACCUUAUGAAAAGUCCUUCUCUUGAAGAUUCUUAUUACAGGGUCGGUUUAAUUGUUCAUUGUGUUAGGGAUUAUCCUUUAGGACCACUAUCGCAAGAUGGGCUGGAAGCAUGCUUGAUUGGAAGUACAAGUCAUGAAGACUUGGUAAAGGAAGCUGAUGCAUAUGCUAACUUGUUGGAUGAAAAUCCUCCUCUUCCAAACUUAAAUUUUGAGGCAAUAGCAGCAGAAAAUUCAACACCUCUCCCAAAAGAGGCUCCACAGGUAGAACUUAAGCCUUUGCCCUCAAAUCUCAGGUUAAAAGAAGCAUUAAUAUCCGCCCCCAUUAUGCAGCCACCUGAUUGGAGUCUUCUAUUUGAAAUCGUGUGCAAUGCUAUUGACUUUGUUGUAGGUGCAGUGUUGGGGCAGAGAAAAGAGAAGAAAGUUCAUGCUAUUUAUUAUGCCAGCGGGGCUUUGGAUGUCAAGUUAACUAUGCCACAACCAAAAAAGAGCUAUUGGCAAUAG